AUGAUGAGGUUCGUAUUUGCGCUCUCGACGUUAAUUUUUGGAGUCGCCUCGACCCGACAAGAUAAUCCAUUUGGUCGUGAUAUUAAUCUGAAUCCAUUUCGAAAUGUGUCGAAACAAUGCGUUUCAGACACCGAAAUCUGGAUGAAAUCGCUUGAAGAGAUUUUCGCGGUCGUCGGCGAUUGUGUCGAGUUUCAGAAUUGCACUGACAAACAGGCAAAAGUGCUCGAAAAUAAUCAAUACGCAAUCAAACAACUUGACGCGUUUGGAAGAAUUCCGAGCCCCGGACUUCUCGAGAUCAGCCUAAUUGCCGAUGGUUCCUAUCAAGAGUGUCAAGGAGUUAGUGGUGUUAAAUAUGAAACCAAUUAUUGCUAUUUGGUCCUGGUUCCUGGAAAAAAUGCGAAAUGCCCAUCGGCUCCCGUUGCCGCGCUGAAACUCGCUGUUUGCAUGCCGAACAGCUGUGGAAAAAAGGACCUGGUGCAAUUGUUCAAUGAUCAGGAGUUUCCGUUCACUGCGUGCGAUGCUUAUUGCUCUCAUUUUCCAGUCAAAAAGGAUUCGGCCUUCUGGGGAUUCUCCGUGUUUUUGAUGGUUAUGGUAAUUAUUGCAAUUAUCGCGAGUGUCGUUGAUUACAUUAGAGAUGAAGGAUUCGGAAUACCAUCGUCAAAGGAGCGAAUUCUUCCGCUCAAAAUUCUUCUUGCAUUCUCAUUUUGGACGAACGCUUCAACGAUACUUUCUGUGAAAGAGCAGAAGCCGGGAUUCAUCAAAUCACUGGAUUGCAUUCGGCUAUUUUCGAUGAGCUGGGUUGUCGCUGGACAUUCGAUGAUGUGGUUCUUAUUUGGAAAUCAACUACUUCCUGUGAUGAAGGUACCGAAAAGCUUCUGGAAUCACAUAAUGACCAGUGCAGUUCUAUCCGUCGACACAUUCUUCAUUUUGUCUGGAAUUGUCGUCACUUAUCUGUUUUUCAAGACAAGACCUAAAAUGCGAAUGAUUAAGAAUCCGAUCACUUGGAUAUUAUUCUACGUCCAUCGAUAUUUGAGACUUACCCCAACCAUCAUGCUGUUCAUCGGCUUCUACACCGUCUAUGCCCCAUACAUUCAAGGAGCAUUUUCAGCUUCCCAAUUCAAUAAGCAAAUUCAAGAAGUCAACGUUUGCAAAUCAUCAUGGUGGAAAAAUUUACUUUAUAUUAACAAUUUCGGAUCGCAAGACUGUUACGCAAUCACGUGGUAUCUCGCCGUCGACACUCAGUUGUACCUCGUCGCCCCGAUUCUCCUCAUCGCUUUCUACUUCUCAUUCGCCGCUGGAACAAUUCUCACCGCGGCUGGAUGUGUCGCAAGCAUCAUCGCUGUCUAUGUGUUGUAUUCGGUGAACGAUCUGCCUGGAGAUUUCCUGGGAAAUGGAAAAUUGAACAACUACAAUGCUAUAAUGUAUUCAAAACCAUGGACACGAUGCCCGCCCUAUUUGAUCGGAAUCCUGACCGGCUACAUUAUAGCGACCUAUAAUAACAAAAAGAUUCGCGGGAAUUGGGCGAUUGCCGUCGUCGGCUGGGUGACGGCAUUUGGAAUUGCGUGCGCCUGCAUAUUCGCAAAUUAUGAUUAUGACGCCGGCUCGCACUGGAGCAUUUUCACACGAGCUUCCUACUACAACUUCUCACGAAUCGGAUGGUCCUUUGCUGUUUGUUGGGUCAUCUUAGCCAACCAUUUCGGCUAUGGGGGACCCAUCAACAAUUUCAUGUCCCACCCAAUCUGGCAGCCAUUCGGACGACUCUCCUACUGCGCUUACAUCGUCCAUUGGAUGGUGAUUCUCUAUUUCAUGAAUGUUGGCGAGAGACCUCUUCACCUGGUAUCCUUGUGGCAAGUGUAUAUUUAUUACGCAAUCCCUAGCACAUUUCUGUCAUUCAUAGCCGCAUUUUUUUGGAGUUGCAUGUUGGAAGUGCCAGUGUUGAAACUCGAAAAGAUGCUAAUUGUUAAUCGCCAUCCCAAAAUUCCCGUCGUGAACUCGUUUAAAAAUGUGUCGGCUCAAUGUGCCGCCGACACGAAGACUUGGUUGAACUCGCUCGCGCAAGUUGCUCUAGUCGUCGAUGAAUGUGUGGCGUUUCAAAAUUGCACAAAACGUCAGAUGAAGAUUUUGGAGGAAAACGCAUACGCUUUGAAACAGCUUGACGCGUUCGGCAGAUUUCCGAGCCCAGGACUGCUCGAGAUCGGCCUCAUUGAUGAUGGAUCAUAUCAGGAAUGUCAAGAAGCCAGUGGAGUGAAGUACGACACAAAUUAUUGCUAUUUGUUACUUAUGCCUGGAAAGAAUGCUAAAUGCCCAGCGAUUCCACUUAUUUCAUUGAAAGUUGCCGUUUGCAUGUCUGAUAGUUGUGGCAAAAAAGACCUGGUGCAAUUGUUCAAUGAUCAGGAGUUUCCGUUCACUGCGUGCGACGCUUAUUGCGCUCAUUUUCCUGUCAAAAAGGAUUCGGCCUUCUGGGGAUUCUCAAUCUUUCUAAUUAUUAUGGUCUCAAUCGCAAUUAUCGCAACAAUUUUGGAUUAUUUAAUAGAGGAAAUUUUCGGAAAUUCAUCUGCCACAAAAUCCAACUUUUUCCUUAAAAUUCUCCUUGCGUUCUCAUUUUGGACGAACGCUUCAACGAUACUUUCUGUGAAGGAACAGAAGCCGGGAUUCAUCAAAUCACUGGAUUGCAUUCGGAUGUUCUCAAUGAGCUGGGUUGUCUCGGGGCAUUCGAUGAUAAUGUUUCUGAUGGGCGACAUGUUAUUACCAGUUGAAAAAAUUCCGAAAAGCUUCUGGAAUCACAUAAUGACCAAUGCAGUUCUAUCCGUCGACACAUUCUUCAUUUUGUCUGGAAUUGUCGUCACUUAUCUGUUUUUCAAGACAAGACCUAAAAUGCGAGUGGUUAAGAAUCCGAUCACUUGGAUAUUAUUCUACGUCCAUCGAUAUUUGAGACUUACCCCAACCAUCAUGCUGUUCAUCGGCUUCUACACCGUCUACGCCCCAUACAUUCAAGGCCCAUUUGCAGCUUCCCAACUUAAUAAGGAUGUCGCUCAAGCAAAUAUGUGCAAAUCGUCAUGGUGGAGAAAUUUGCUUUAUAUUAACAAUUUUGAUAAUACCGAUGAGUGCUACCCAAUCACGUGGUAUCUCGCCGUCGACACUCAGUUGUACCUUGUCGCCCCGAUUCUCCUCAUCGCUUUCUACUUCUCAUUCGCCGCUGGAACAAUUCUCACCGCGGCUGGAUGUGUCGCAAGCAUCAUUGCUGUUUAUAUAUUGUAUUCGGUAUACGAUCUACCAGCCGAUUUGAUUGGAAAAGGUGACACAACGAAUUUCCAACCGAAAAUGUACGCAAAAGCGUGGACACGAUGCCCGCCCUAUUUGAUCGGAAUCCUGACCGGCUACAUUAUAGCGACCUAUAAUAACAAAAAGAUUCGCGGGAAUUGGGCGAUUGCCAUCGUCGGCUGGGUGACGGCAUUUGGAAUUGCAUGCGCCUGCAUAUUCGCAAAUUAUGAUUAUGACGCAGGCUCUCACUGGAGCACUUUCACGCGAGCUUCCUACUACAACUUCUCACGAAUCGGAUGGUCCUUUGCUGUUUGUUGGGUCAUCUUAGCCAAUCAUUUCGGCUAUGGAGGACCCAUCAACAAUUUCAUGUCCCACCCAAUCUGGCAGCCAUUCGGACGACUCUCCUACUGCGCUUACAUCGUCCAUUGGACGGUGAUAUCAUACUUCAUGAAUGUUGGCGAGAGGCCUCUUCACUUGGUAUCCUUGUGGCAAGUGUACAUCUCCUAUUCAAUUCCUUGCACAUUUCUAGCAUUCUUUUGCGCAUUCUUUUGGAGUUGCAUGUUCGAACUUCCAAUAUUAAAACUUGAAAAGAUGCUCAUCGAAGGGCUUUUCGCUGGAAUGGCAAAACCGUCGAACAAAAUUGAAGCCGAAGACGCCAAAAUUGAUAAAACGCAUAUUUAA